AUGGAUAAAUCCAAAACUGUCGAGGAGACACAUGACGUAUCUCACGAAUUACACCCAUUUAAGGUGCUUCUGAAGUUUCUGCGCAAGUUGGAUGCCUUUGGUGUGGAAACCAGAGGUAUCGAGCGGAUUCCCUCGUACGAGCGCUCUACUAACAAAGUGAGACAGCUCAUUACAGUUGUCGGGCUUUGGAUCUCUGCAUGCGGCGGCUUGUCGUCCAUGUCGUCUUUCUACUUGGGUCCUCUCUUGUUUGGACUAGGAUUGAAGAAGACGCUUAUCACCGGUUUACUUGGUCAAGCCAUCGGCUGCGGUGUGGCCGCCUACUGUUCGCUCAUGGGUCCCAGGUCGGGAUGCCGUCAGAUGGUGGGCGCCCGCUUCUUGUUUGGCUGGUGGCUUGUGAAGCUUGUAUGUAUUGCUUCGAUGGUGGGUGUGAUGGGCUGGUCGGUGGUGAACUGUAUUACUGGAGCGCAGAUUUUGUCGUCGAUGAGUGGUGGUUCUGUCCCGCUUGUGGUGGCGAUUGUGAUCAUUGCUUGUGUAUCGUUGGUGAUUUCCAUCGGCGGAAUCCGCUACUUGCUUCGCGUGGAGGCCUUUCUCAGUAUCCCGGUGAAUAUUGCGUUUUUGACCUUGUACAUCGUUGGCGCCAAGCAGUACGGCCACUUGACGUUGGCCGACUCGCCACUGGAAGAUGCAGCUACCGUCAGGGGCAAUGCCAUUUCCUUUUUUGCCUUGUGCUACUCCAUCACCUCCACAUGGGGGCUGAUUGCCUCCGAUUACUACAUUUUAUUCCCAGAAGACACUCCCGACGUGCAGAUUUUCUUCUUGACGUUUUUGGGAAUCUUGAUUCCAACCACCUUUGUCGGAGUUGCCGGUAUCUUGAUUGGUAAUGUUGCCUUGACCUAUGAACCCUGGAACACAGCAUACACAGAAAUGGGAAUGGGUGGCUUGUUGAAUGCUGCUUUUGAGCCAUGGGGCGCUGGAGGCAAGUUCUUGUUGUGUCUUAUUUUCUUGUCUUUGAUCUCCAACAACAUUUUGAACACAUACUCUGCCGCAUUUGGUGUGCAGUUGCUUGCUCUUCCGCUUGCACGAGUUCCAAGAUGGAUGUGGGCUAUUUUGCUUACUGCCGUGUACUUGGUUUUGUCCAUUGUGGGCCGGUACCAUUUCGCUCUGAUCUUGGGCAAUUUCUUGCCCAUGGUCGGUUACUGGAUUACCAUGUAUUUUGUGAUGUUGCUUGAGGAAAACACUAUUUUCCGUACAGAUAGAUUUAUCCAUUUGUACACAAAAGAGUUUUCUGAGCAGGAGCCCAAGGUCUCGAACGUGGGUGGCCAUCUCUACAAGCGCAAUGUCCACUAUAAUUUUGACAUUUGGAACGACUACGACAAAUUGACACUGGGCUAUGCGGCCACAUUCGCCUUUGCUGCCGGAGCUGCCGGAGCUGCAGUAGGAAUGUCGCAAGCCUACUGGAUUGGGCCCCUUGCUAAGAAAGUUGGCGGUGAAUAUGGUGGUGACAUUGCCAUGUGGCUUUGUUUGGCCUUUAGCGGUGUGAGUUACCCCGGCCUAAGGUAUUUGGAAUUGAAAAAGUUCGGCAAAUAA